GAGGCUCAUAACAAAAUAAACAGACAAAUGUUGUGAGUGCUAUGUUACGAAACGGUCUAUUCAAACACACGCGAAGGUUUUUGGAAAGGAAAAACCUAAACAAUUCAUGGUCUCUCAAUUGAAGCAAAAUGUACCGCUUAAUAAUUUUGAUAGUUUUCCUUUUUGUGUGGACAAUAUGUGAAAUAGUCGUUAUCAAAAAACAAAAAGACAAAAUAUAUAGUGGUCAUGUGCUGUUUGAGGUACCAAUGCCGAUGUGGUCAAUAUGUGCUCAAUACUGCUCAAGAGUAAAAGUAUGUAAAUCUAUUAACUUUAUAGCAGCGAAUAAAACAUGCCAAAUAAAUGCUGCCGAACCUAGGAAAAGUCAAUGUGGACUCGUUGAGAGUAUUGGUAAUAGCUUUGCUGCUGCCUCGACUUUUCCAAGGGAACUAGCUGGUCAGUGCAAUGGUAAUAAGUGUACGGUCAAUGAGGCCUGUAUGCCAAGUGGAACGAAUUACUAUUGUGUUCCAUUACCUAUUCAGUUAUCUGAAAAAAGCACACCUUUAGACCUUUGCCCACAUGACUGCAGUGACCUUCCACAAGGAAGUGAAUCAGGGGUAUAUACAAUAUAUCCAGCAGAUAAGAAGUUUGAUGUUUACUGUGACAUGGAUACAGCAGGAUUUGGUUGGACAGUUUUCCAGAGCAGAAUAAACGGAACUGUUGAUUUUUACAAAGGAUGGACCGAUUAUGAAAUUGGAUUUGGAAAUUUGAAAUCUGAGUUUUGGCUGGGAAAUAAUUUAAUAAAUGUUCUGACCUCUUCUGGAAACUACAAACUUUACAUUCACCUUGAAGAUUUUGAAGGGCAUUCAAGAUAUGCAGAGUAUUCCGAAUUCAGUAUCGGAGAUGCCACAUCACAAUACACUUUGAAUAUAGAUGGAUAUAGCGGUGAUGCAGGAGAUAGCCUUACCUACCACAACGGCAUGAUGUUUUCUACUAAAAACCAGGAUAAUGACAUAUAUCGUAAAAGCUGCGCACAAAGGUUUAAAGGAGCAUGGUGGUACAAUGCAUGUCAUUAUUCUAAUUUGAAUGGGGAAUAUUUAGGAGGACAGCACUCUAAUUUUGGCAAUGGUAUCAUAUGGCGUGAAUGGACAACACAAUACUACUCACUGAAAUCUACUAGAAUGAUGAUUAAACGGCACUAAUAACCAUUUUAUAAAAGACAUACAGCUUAUGUUUCAAAAAUACACAGUCAAUGAAAGUUUAUGAAAGUGGUUUCAUGAAAUAAACUAUUCGAAGAUAAGCAGAGAGUUUUAAAUAUGUGCUUAUAGUGUAGAUAAAUAAAA